GCCUCCUGCAGGACUGUCCUCCACCCCCAACCCACAGCAACCUGAUACCGGAGACGAGCGGUCCAGACAAGCCUGCAAACGAGGCGUUCCCCCCGCCGCCCUGCCUGCCUGCCUGUCUGUCUGCACAGCGGAGCUCCAAAGCGUCAAUGCCAAACGCCGCCGACUGCCUCGGGGAAGAUCAGACCGAGAUAUAGCCGAUCCCUCGUCCCAUCGGCGGCCGGGAUGGGUGUAAUAAUCUCCGUCUAUCGCAAACCAGAGAAGCUCACUGUUUGCGCCGUUGACUUGUGAUUUUUUUCCCCUCUCAGCGGAGAUCGUGAAAUGAGACGGGACGAACUAACUGGCUAGCUCUCAGGCUAACAUCGGUUAGCGUCUAUAGCAGUCAGCUUGUAACAUAACCGAGCUAAUUGGCUAAGGUUUACGCCAAAUUCCUGCCUGUGGUGUCGAACGGGUUGACUGUUUUUUUAGUUGAGAAUGGUCCGUGCUUACACAAAUUAGUUGCACGACGGUUCUUUUUGCGAUAUUUACCUUCUUUGCCCAAGUUUUCUAGCACCAGACAGUCGCCCCCCCUCCAAGCAGCUAGCAUGUUAGCUAGCAGAUAUGGACGUCGUUGGCUGGCUAGUUGUAAACGGCAGAUCCGCCAAAAGCGUUAGAUGCUCGGUGUGUCUGUCCGGUCUGUGCGGGACUCGAUAACGGGACCAACUUUUUAUCGGCAGUGAAUGUUAGUUAGACGACCAAAACAACAACAACAACAGUUUUUUUUUUUGCCCCAUAUAUAUAUAUAUAUUAAUGUGUCCCGUGCCUGAGAACUCAGUUCAAGUUAUUGAGCUGACGUGAGGACAGCACGGUGGUAUCUACUGAACAAGAGCACCAGAGAAGGAGAAGAAGGAGCUCCACCUGAGAGACCAAAGUCGACUGUAAGCUGUCAUGGCUGUGGGCCGAAUCACGAUGAAAUCACUCGCUAAAUUUGGGUUUUGCCUGACGAUUCUCCUGACAUCUGUGGCUGCGGCGCAGGGCGAGGAGAGGGAGUGCGCCUUCACCGACCAGCAGCAGCAGUGGGAGGUGGAUCGAGUGGCGGGGGGCGAAGGCCGCGUCUCCCCGGAGAACACCACCAUCCGAUGUGUCAAGGGCAGCCACUGCUUCGGCCUGUGGGAGAAAAGUCUUCCCGGCGAAGUGCGGCUGGUCAAACAAGGCUGCUGGACUCACCUGGGCGACCACCAGGGCUGCCGAGACGACCGCUGCGUGGUGACCAACUUCCCGCCACAGAUCCAGAACGGGACGUACCACUUCUGCUGCUGCGGCAGCGACAUGUGCAACGUCAACUUCACAGAGGACUUCCCACCGCCCAGUCCGACCACGGCACAAACCCCCUACCCCCGCCCACUGCGCCAUGAAGAGACAAUAAUCAUCGCCCUGGCAACCGUCUCCGUGCUGGCCGUGGUUGCCGUAGCAGCCUUCUUCGCUUACCGCAUGAUGCGCAGAGAUGGUAAGCAAGGCCUUCACAACCUGAAUAUGAUGGAGGCCGCCGGCUCCGAGAGCUCUCUGGAUCUAGACAAUCUCAAACUGCUGGAGCUGAUCGGGCGCGGUAGAUACGGCGCCGUCUACGGCGGCUCUCUGGACGAACGGCCCGUGGCCGUGAAGGUAUUCACCGCAGCCAACCGCCAGAACUUCCUCAACGAGUGCUCCAUCUACCGGCUGCCGCUGCUGGAGCACGACAACAUCGCCCGCUUUGUGGCCGCCGACGAGCGGACGGGCCCAGAGGGACGCACAGAGUACCUGCUGGUCAUGGAAUACUACCCACAUGGCUCUCUGAGUCGCUACCUGGGCGUCCAGACCAACGACUGGGUCAACAGCUGCCGGCUCGCUCACUCAGUCACCCGCGGCCUGGCUUACCUGCACACGGAGCUCUUCAAAGGAGACCUGUACAAGCCAGCGGUCUCCCACAGGGACCUGAACAGCCGGAACGUCCUCGUCAAGGCCGACGGCACAUGCGUCAUCAUCGAUUUCGGCCUGUCCAUGAAGCUGACGGGGAACAGGCCGGCACGUAACGGCGAGGAGGAGAACACCGCCAUAAGCGAGGUGGGGACGAUCCGCUACAUGGCCCCAGAGGUCCUGGAGGGGGCGGUGAACCUGAGGGACUGCGAGUCGGCGCUGAAACAGGUGGACAUGUACUCCCUGGGCCUGAUCUACUGGGAGAGCUUCAUGAGAUGCACUGACCUCUUCCCUGGAGAGUCGGUGCCAGAGUACCAGAUGGCCUUCCAGGCAGAGGCAGGGAACCACCCGACGUUUGAGGACAUGCAGGUCCUGGUGUCCAGGGAGAAGCAGCGGCCCAAAUUCCCCGAGGCCUGGAAAGAGAACAGUUUGGCGGUCCGCUCUCUGAAAGAGACGAUGGAAGACUGUUGGGACCAGGACGCAGAGGCCCGUCUCACGGCCCAGUGUGCCGAGGAGCGUCUGGCGGAGCUGCUCCUCAUAUGGGACCGCUCCAAGUCGGUCAGCCCUACGCUCAACCCCAUGUCCACCACGCUGCACAACGAGAGAAAUCGCAUGACGCCGAAGUCGGGCCCUUACACAGACCAGACGUCCACUUACAUCGAGGAGAAUGAGGGCGUUGCCAAGAACGCGCAGGCCGACACCACCGGCUCGGUGAGCGGUCGCGCCGGGGCCGGGACCGGAGAGAGGAACAGGAACUCCAUCAAUCAGGAGCGCCAGCAGCAAGCCAACGCCCGCCUGCCCAGCCCGGAGGGCAGCAGCACCAGCGCGGGGUUCAGAGGCAGCCCCUCAGCCUCCACCACCACCACCACCACUAUCAUCUCCGACUCCGAGGGCACCACAGGGUCCGCCACGGUCCCCGUCUGCCUCCACCUGACCCAGGAGGACCUGGAAACCACCAAGCUUGACCCGAAGGAGGUCGACAAGAACCUGAAGGAGAGCUCGGAUGAGAACCUGAUGGAGCACUCGCAGAAGCAGUUCUGCUCCCCAGAUCCGCUGAGCCCCGGCAGCUCCAGCCUCCUCUACCCGCUCAUCAAGAUGGCGAGUGAGGCCGCGGGCACGUCGGAGCCCGCCGCCCCGAUGCCCGCCACCAUCUUCCCCCUGCCCAAGCAGCAGAACUUGCCCAAGAGGCCGUCCAGUCUGCCCCUGCGCACCAAGCCCACCAAGAAGGAGUCCUCGUCGUCCUCACUCAGGUUCAAGUUCGGACGCUCGGGGAAGUCCAACCUGCGGCAGGUGGAGGGCUCAAAGAUGAACAUUGGUGCAGUGACGGGCACCAACGCAGCGGCGGAGGCUCAUCGGGGCGCGGGCACAAACAACACACCCGCUCUGCGCGACGCGCACGCCAACGGCGCCGCUAACGGUCACGCCAGCGCCGGGGUCUCGGCCAUGGUGGCAGGCGGGGCGACGGGUUUCGGAGGGUCCAGCGUAACUCAGAACGGGUCCGGAGACGGCCGCCUGAGCCUCGGCGUCAUCACAGCCAGCCCCGACGAGCACGAGCCGCUCCUGAGCCGUGAGCGGGAGCAGCCCGACCCGAGGGAGGCAGCGCCGAGUGUCGCGGCCCUCCGCUCGGCCCGGCCCAACACGAACAACAACAACAGCAACACCGGCCACGGCAGGGGGGACGGGGAGAGCGGAGGAGAGAGCGACGGGGGGGAGGAGGAGGGGAGCGGGGAGGGAGGGAGCAGGGAGACCACGGGGCCCCCAGGAGAGAGCUCGGGGUCCGGUGUCGUCGCCCCCCAGCGGGAAGCUCCGGUCACCAUGAGAGGGGAGGCCCUGCUCAGGCAGCCCAGAACCCGCCGGCCUGAGAGACCCAACUCCCUGGACCUGUCCUUCACUACACAGGACCUGGCCUCACUAGGGGAGGGCUUGGUCCAGCCUGACGGGGCCUUGGGGCCGGGCGGCGAGAAGAUCAAGAAGCGCGUCAAGACGCCGUAUUCCCUGAAGAAGUGGCGGCCCACCACGUGGGUCAUCUCCACGGACGCCAGGGGGCCGGAGGUCAACAACAACAACGGGUCGUCCCGCGGCCAGGCGCACAGCCAGAGCCGGCCCAAGUCCAGUUCGGCCAUCUACCUGCGAGGGGGCAGCUUGGCCAGCGAGCCCAGCGACACGCACGUGUGAAACGCGGGCUCUCUGACAAGACUGAAAAAAAUAUAUAUAAUAAUAAUAACAACCAGAGAGCGUUUGGUUUGUGUCUGCUGAGCUCCCUGCUCUCAAUCAGCAGGAGGAAGCUCCGGAGCGUCUCGUGAACAAACAGUCUGAGUCUGAUCGUGUACAGUAAUUAGGUCCGUCUCACUCCUGUGUCUUUCUGAUGAUGGCAUUGCUUUAAAUGGAAUCCAGCUAUGCAGCAUUCUCAUCCGCUUCUGUUUACGCGUUUUAUUAAUCUCCCCUUUUGUCCGUUUAUUGUUUUCUACCACGUUUCGUCCCUUUUUCUUUUGUCUGUGUGCACUUUGAACCGACUAAAAUCAGUGUUUAGAAAAGUCCCGUCUGUUGCGAAAGUGGUCUCUAAACUGAAAAAAUGAACUGAAAAAUAAAAGGCGACGACAAACAAUCAACACUUUGAGCGCUCUCGUUCGCUGCAUCGAGCGGUGUUUCGGGAGCGUGCUCGGUAAAAAGCAUCGACGGUCUUAAAAGACAGAACAAACUGCUCUAAUCUUUAUUUGUUUCCUUGAUUUGUAUGCAAUACCAAUUUUAUUUCGCCUGUGUAUCGUUUCUAAUUGUGCAAUAGGAUUUAGCUUUUAGAACGCUUUCAAUGUUUGUUUUUUUUAACGCUUCCGUUCUUUUGGUUGUUGUUUCAAAUCCCGUCGUUAUUUUUUUUUUUUUAAAUGUUAAUCUCUGUUGCACUUAUGAAUUGUCACAAUCGUUUUGUAAACAAUCCACCGUACACUAUUCCCCCCCCCCCCCACCCCCACCUGACUCGAGAGCAGAAAAAAGCAAAUGACAAUCUCUGGACUAUUUUUCGGGGGGGCGGGCACAAACACAAUCAACCCAAGCUGACUGGAAGAAACAAAGUGGGUUUUCAUGGAACUCCCUCUGCUUGCACAAUGAACACCAGGAAUGGCUCAAACUCCGUAGGGUGGGGGGUAUUUUAACGCUACAAUCACCGGAAUCAAACCUGCGGAGUGAUCUGCUACAGUGGCCGACUCCCAACCCUGUCCCGCCAUCGCCUGACCUCACUGUGGACUCUGUUCAGCUGCCUGUCAGUCGACUGAAACACUAAGAAAGCCCAUAUUCUGCUCCUUGAACCGUUGUCGGAAAAACCAUAAACUAACCUAAAAGAAACCAAACCCCUCUGAAGCACGCUGGAUAUUAUUUCUGCUUCUCCCCGUCUCAUCCCUCGAUGUCCUAACGACUGAUUCCUGCGCGUGUGAGUGUGCACGUGUCGUAUUUUUCCUUUUUACGAGCAUUAGAUUUUGUCGGCCGUAGCGCUGUACAGGCGUGCUGAAAUGUCAUCAUUCUGUAUUUUCAGGCGCUGCUUCAGGGCAUAUGAAAAGAUCUCAUUUAUGUUUUUGUAAUCUGUAAUUUGUAUGAAAAAAAAAAAACCCAACAUAUGUAUGUGUACUGCAUUGAUAUUUGCAUUGUUUUUAUGGAAUUCUGUUUUUUUUGUUGCGUUCAAUGGACACGGCCUUCGACUCCAUUGCUAUGCAUCUGCUCGGUACAGUUUCUGUAAACAUUUUCAAGUCAAUAUGGAAGAAAAAAAAACUCAAUAAAUGUAUGAAAUAAUCGUU